AUAGUAAUGUAUUGUUGAUGCUUUAUUAUUUAUUUUUUGUUUUAUUAUAGGAAACUACACCCGAUGAGCUCCUUUCCACUGUAAUGACAGCCGUUUUACAGGACUUAAACCUGAGUCCAGAUAAAAUUGGAGAUAUUUGUGUUGGUGAGAGGAUGGUGUUAGUUCUAAUUGCCAGGUCUUGUAAACAGAGGUUAGAUGUAUCUGUGGCCAGUACUCGUUAUCUGUAAGUGCAAGGUACUAAUAACAUUUAGGGUGAGCUCCAGCCCUCAAGUCAUGUGCCAGGUACAGCCAUCCAAAAUCUAUCAGGAUUCUGCCCUCAAUGACCGAUACCUCUUACUGAAAGGAACCUGUAGGAAACUAUCCAUUCAAAUUUAGAUCUACUCACACCUGUAGCUCUCUCUACCCAUUAUCAAUAUUUCAUGUUUUUAUAUCCUCAAUAUAGUAAUGUUCUUAGGCUACACACCACUGUAUUGGUGUAGAUCCCCAGAUGAUACAAAACUCCAGCUUCCAUGGUGCUCUCUCAUUUUAAAGGCAUGCAAAGAAUCAUGGGAGUUGUAGUCCUACAACAUCUGGGGAUCUACCUUUUGGGCACCACUGGUGUAGCCCUUUCUCCUUCUACAUUACCAGUAGUAGACUGUCUUUCAGGGCUGCUUCUGGUUGGCUUGGAUUGUUUGGAGUUGUUGCCCUGUAUGUGCAUUAUAUAUUUAAACAAAUUGCAUAUGUGUAUUGGUUGUCAUUUGAUGCUGCUAUCACUUGGUUGGUUUGGAUCUGACGCUGAUGCAGGAGAAUGUUUAUGAAACUGGAUCAAAGUUCAGAUAUUUCAUAAAGUCAAACUUUGAACAGAUUAGAAGCAGCACAUAACCUUUCACCUGAUUAACUCCUUCAUAUUUGGUUCUAGCCUGACAUACAUGGCAUGUUAUUGUUACUUACCCUUUGGUAAUGCAGUCUUUUGCUAAAACAAAUGUAAGACUUUGUGUCUCGAUCUACCCAGUCACUCUGAUUAAAUCUACAGGUUCAGUGCUUCUGUCUACAGGUUUCUGCAGAAAGUGUAUCAUCACACGUUAGUGUGUUUUGAAACAUUAGCACGUUCUACCUUCAGUGUAAAAGGCAGAAUAGCAUUCAUAGUGCUGAAAUGACAAGCUGGCAAUCUCAAAAGAGCUUACAAUCUAACACAGGUGACUGCACAGCUACACAUGUUAUUCAGUGGGAUGUGAUAGUGUCAGGUGCAAAAUUAGCAUCGUUUGCUGUACAUGCUGCAAAUAUUCAAACAAUUCAGGUUUUCACAGGAUUCUAAACAGAGUUCUAGGGGUUCUUGUUUUAGGGAGUUUAUAGAGGGAUUGACAGAGUGCUAAAGAAGUGUAAUACAGAUACUUCUUCUAUCUCUUCAUUUAAAUUUAGUUUAAUUGUAGGAACUAGAAUAGCUUGUCCAUUUAAACCAUUGUCAAUUCACACAUUCUGUACAGUAUUCAUCAUGUUCUGCUGGGACAUGCAGAAUAAGUGUCAUUUAAGAGCCUUUGCAAAUUUGCAGUUUAUCCAAUGACGUACUCACAAGGUAAAAUGUAAUUGAAACAGUGGAUGAUUACCAGUAUAAGUUACAGAAUUAUUUAGUGUGUUAUCGGGCAAAUCUGAUGAUGUGGGGGAGAUUUAUAGAGUAAAUUUACAUAUCUUUCUUUCCCCACUCAGGAAACGUUUUACAGCCUGGGGCAGGAGCCUUGGUUGCAAGAGUCGCACAGUUUCUAAGGUAUUUGACUUAUUCUUAAAAACGAUUAAAAUGCAGUGUUUUAUCUGUACUAAUCCAUAGGUACUUGCAUGAAAAAUAUAAAAAAUUUUGGUCCAUCUAUAAGAGAAAUCUGUCAGAUCCCACAUCACGACAUCAUCCAGGAUGCAAAGUGUUUAGGAUAUUGUUCAUGUCAUGCGCGCGCGCGCACACACACACACACACACGCUAGUUAAGAUCUUGUACAGAUUAUUCCACUGACAUAUUUUAUCUAUGUCAUAAAAAAUGAAUGUUAACCUCUUGUUUUAGUGAAUGUUAACUUUAAUGAAUAUAAUGCAAUUGUCUGUAAUUUGCAGGUAAGCAUACUGAUUUCUGUUGAAAAUCAGUGAGCAAAGUUUAAGGAAAGCUACAUAUUUCUGUAAUUUUCAAUAAAACCCUGUACAGAGGCCAGUUAUCCCUUUCUGUUUAACACCGGAGUAUUGCAGCAUGAGAUGGAGUAAGUGCUUAGUAAAGAUGGAUAACUUACACUAAGCAGUGCGUUUAAGGUGUGAUGUAAAUUUGCGAAUUUGCUAUUUAGUCACUUUAUUUCUUUUUCUGCCUUAACCAAUCAGUCUUACCAGGAUCUCAACUAAAUUCCUGCCAACCUAUCCCCAGCUCCCCCACGUAAUUCAGGAAACAUUCCAAUCGCAGGACUCCGAGAUCCUGAGAGAAGGUUCCUAGCUAUGACCGAAUUUCCUGUUACCCAAAUAGUUACACUCCUUGUGCCUUCACUGAGUGCUCUGAAGUAGGCUGCUGUGUUCCCUGCUGAGUCCUGAAACAUUUUUCUGUUUUUCAGUGGAAUUCCAGAGACUGUUCCAAACCAUACUAUUAACAGGCAAUGCUCCUCAGGGCUGCAGGCAAUCAUUGACAUAGCAGGUACAUGGUGUCUUCAGUCACUUAAUUCUGUUAUUUUCAAAUCAAACCUCUAAAAUUGUAAUUGUAGGUCUUUGCUGUGAAAUGUCAAUUUAUUCUUUUCUUUAAUUUGUUGGAGAACAGCAUAAUGGUUGCUCUUACGUGGACUGUCUUUUACCUACUACGGUUUUUUUUUUUUUUUUUAUUGCUUUCUACGAACUAAUCCAACACGGAUAGUUUAAACUUGGAAUGAGAAACUCAAAAAUCUGGAAUCUUUGCAAACAGUUUUAUCAACUGACCUUUGCUCUAAUGAGCUUACAAUAUUUAUAGAUACAGGCAGCUAUGGUGCAAAUACAUGGAAAAACAUUCUUUAUUUUGAUCAUAUAUUUUCAUCAAUGAUUGCAAUUCGUGGCCUGCAUGUGCUUGUGUUCAUUUAAAAUUCAUUGGGGUCCAUGUAGAAUCCCACUAGGCGCAUGCGUCGUUGAUGGGGAACCCUUCAGGGCUUUUGCUGCAAUGUGGAAGUCUACCCCCCAGAGGCUCGCGACAUAGGUGUGUGGGUGCAGGGAUUUGUCUUAAAUGCCAGUGCGGAGGAGCCCUCUGUGUUCCAUUUAAGAAACGUGGUUGCGGCAGCAGUGCAUCCCAAAACUGAGAGGAGAGAAUAUCAAGAGCUUUCUAGUGUGAGAACUUAUGCAGAAUUUAUGGUGUUGGCGGUCACUAGAAAUACUCUGCUUACCCUCAACUGGUAAACUCCCACAGCCAUUUUGAGCAAAGGGUAAGCGGAGUAUCUUUAGUCGAAUAACAUCCAACUCCUCCAGUGAGGACCAGGAUAACCCCUGCCAGUCCAAAAGGGGGGGAAAGGGCCAUCAAUAUGUCACCACAAGGGCACUCCAGCCUCUCCUGCACACUGUGCACACUGUUUAAAGUAAAGGAGUUUGUGUGUAUCAGCUGUAUGGUCGGCAACUGCUCCAUGGUGUACCAGCCCGGUUAAAGGUUAGGUAAGUCCCUACCAAUCUCUUGAAGAGUACCAAACAAAGACGAGAAACCUGAAAUAUUAAGAGACUAGUGAGGAGCUCACUCACCUAACGCCUGCUCAGCUUGACUGUCAGGCCCUGUCCCCAAUUUUUAAUACAUUUUAUCAAAUACAUUUUUUAAAUGUAUUUAGCAGCUCAGUUUUUCUCAGUGUGCUAAUACAGUAAAGGACCAUGGACAUGAGUGGGAAAUGUUUUACAGUUGUCAAAAUGUUUUUUAACUUGUAUAUCAGGGCAUCACAUUCACUGUUAAAGGAAUAAUUAGCAAAUGGUUUUUCAGACACCCAGUGGGCAAAGGAGGCCACUGGAGCCACUUGGAUGGAUUGGGUUAUAUACGGCUCCCUAUCUGCCCUGGGUGAAACACCAUUGGUCUCCACACACAGCAUGUAUACAGACAUGGUUCUUCUUCCUACAAACCCGUUUUUGUUUUUAAAAACCUUUCAUUAACAUUUAUUUGAAAAAUGUAUAAAUGUGUGUUUGUUUUCCAGGUGGCAUCAGGAAUGGGUCCUUUGACAUUGGUUUGGCAUGUGGGUAAGAUACCAGAGUGAAUUUGCUCUAAUGCACUUUCUUUCUUCAACACAUGGAGAUUUGAAUUUGUUUAUUCUCAUGGUCUAAGCCCUUUGCCAUCCUGGGAUAAUUCCUUUUUAGAGACCUGGUUAAAAUACACAUUGUUCUCAGACUGCCGCCCAAGACAGACCAUAUCAUUGGCACUCAAUACAUUGGGCAUAGGCGUGCGCAGCCUAUUGUACAAGGGUGUGCACCCUAAAGCAGAAACACACACACAGCGUGUGUGUGUGUGUGUGUGUGUGUAUAUAUAUAUAUAUAUAUAUAUAUAUAUAUAUAUAUAUAUACAUACACACUGCAGUGUGUGUGUAUGGGUGCUGUUAGUGUGGGUGAGGGUGCUGUGUGUGUAAGGGUGCUCUUAGUGUGGGUGAGGGUGCUGUGUGUGUAAGGGUGCUGUUAGUGUGUGUAUGUGUGAGGGUGCUGUGUGUGUAAGGGUGUUGUGUUGUUAGUGUAUGCUGUGUGUAAGGGUGUUGUUAGUGUGUGUGUGUGCGCUGUAUGUUUUUGUGUAAUGUGUGGGGGCCGUUUAGUUAAUAUCCUCCCUCCCUUCUUACCUUAUGUAGGGAGGGGGGACCGUGCUCCUGCCUUCCCUGGUGGUGCAACGCUAAGACCACGCGAGAGGAACCCGGCGGAGCUGCUGACAAGCUCCCCGGGUCCUCUCCUGCCUCCCUCCCUGCCUGUGGGUUGGUGAGGGAGAUCUUUGGUCUCCCUCACCGGCCCAUGGAGGGAGGCACAUAGCGCAUGCCGCGGGGAUUAGGGUGUGCCCAGGCACACCCGGCACACCUAUGAUAUUGGGGGAACAUCCCAGAUAAUGUCAUUGACAGACUUUCCAUAUUCAGCACCACUUCCUGGCAGCAAGGUGGCACUGCACUUUGCUAAAAUCUUGGCAUGUUAAUGGUUUACACCAGUGGUAGUCAACCUUUUUCUACCAACCGCCCACUAAUGCAUCUUUUUGGUUGAGAAAAUUUCCUUACUGCCCACCAGUUUUCGCGCAAGUGCAGAAUAUUUUUUAGAAAGGAGGGUGUUUUUAAAAAAAAAAAUAAACGUACAUUUAUCUUUUUAUUUCUACUUAAUGCAUGUUUAUAAUGUUUUUAACUUUAUAAAGUUUAAUGAGAAAACAAUAAAGUAAAUAGAAAUUACAUUUACUAGUGAUUAAUGAGAUCCUUGAGGUUGAUGCUGCAAGACUAAAUAUUUGAUAUCUGGUUCGAUUUUCGUAAGGAACAAACGAAGGUCUCCUCUUUCGGUGAUAUUCAGACGACUUCUCUGUUUGCGCAUAAUAUGAUUUCUCAUCUGUGCGUCAGCUCCCCUCCCCACCUUUUUUUUCCCCCUUUUUAAAUUUUUUUAACCUUCCCUAUAGCAAUGCCCAGUAGGAAGGCUGAGCUAGGUAUCCCACUUACUAUUACUUACUAUAGCCCACUAUAACAGACAGGCACACAUACAUACAGACACACACACAAGACACACACACAAGACACAUUCAUACAAACAGACAGGCAUACAUACCUACAGACACACACAUAAGACAUACAUACAAAGACACAUACACACAGACAGACACAAGACACACAUACAUAUAAAGACACACACACACAACACAUAAAUACAAAGAUAAGACACACAUACAUACACACAUAUAUAGACACACACAUAUAUACAGACACACACACACACACACAAGAUAUACAUACAAAGAUACAUACACACACACACACACACACAAAAUACUGACUUUCCCUGGGGUCCAGGUGGAUGGGAGUCAGAGUUCCCACUCUGACUCCUUCCUCCCGCGCGGUCUGUGUGUUAGCUAGGAGGAGUGACGUCCAGUCACUUCCUCCCAGCUUUGUGAUGUAAUCACAGGGGGCCCGGUCACGCUGUUAAAGCGUCCAGCGCUGACCGGCCCCCUCACAACCCACAUCCAUCGGGUGGCCCUGACAGCAUGGGCCACCCGUUGGACCCCUCCAUAUGCGGCCCUGGCAGUUUGCCGCACGGGCCGGGGCCGCAAGUGGUACCCGGUCGCAGGGGUACCGCCGGCUCGCACCCGCCCGCCCACCCAAUCUCUCCAAAUGAGGAAAUCCCUAACGCCCACCUGGAAUCCUGAAACGCCCACUAGUGGGUUUGCAUUGCACAGGCCUUUUGCCAUUCUAAGGGUUAAUAUCCAGAGAACACAGCCGGGUAUUAAGAGCUGUCCUUUUCUGCAGAUGAUCAUACUGAGCAAAAGACUGAUGGUUUCUCAUUGACUCUAUCUGGGGCCUUAUUGUACAAUUACAUCUGCAAUAAGUUUAGCUGGAAGUUAGGUUGAAAAUCUAAACUGUUUCUAACCUGUAAACAUGACCAUUGGACUUUCAUAAUGUACUCUGUUGUGGAGGGGGGGGGGGGUUUACUCCCUGCUAGUUUGGCGUAAACAUUGGUGCAGUUAUUGAGGGGUAAAGGUUAGUCUGACUAUGGGUUAAGAAUGUGUCUGAGCUCACAGCAUUGCAAGGAUCUGCGCUGUAGCUAUAGCUCUGCUUCUUCUAAUUUAUAAACUAUACCUUAACUCAUUGUUACAGAGUUCCUGCUACUUAUAAUAUGGACAGUCUUUGUUUCUUGGCUGAGAUUGUGAAAUAUCUGUAAACAUUAUGUACAUAAUAUCUAACCAUCUAUUAUAUGCACCUAACCCACCUUUCCCUCUUUUUGCUAUGAUUGUUUCUGCGCGCAGCACUGUCUCCCUAGUGUAAUCUGCGCGCAGCCCUGUCUCCCUAGUGUAAUCUGCGCGCAGCCCUGUCUCCCUAGUGUAAUCUGCGCACAGCCCUGUCUCCCUAGUGUAAUCUGCGCGCAGCCCUGUCUCCCUAGUGUUAAUCUGCAUUGUUUUGUUUUGUUUUUUCUUUAGGGUGGAAUCCAUGAGCCUCAGAAGUGUUGGGGAUCCUGGAGAUCUCAGUCCUCGUACUAUGGAUGUACAGAAAGCCAGCGAUUGUACCAUCCCCAUGGGGUGAGAACCUUCAGAGUUCUGAUCUUACGUGGAAACUCUCCAUGCCUGCCUUCCUGCUUUGACAACUCUGUCUGCCCACCUAUUCUGGUAUCAUGCUGCCUUUAAAUCCCAAUCACAUUUUCAUACAGUGGUUUCCCAACCACUGAUCAUUUUCUCCACCGCUUGCCCAUUUUCCUCCUCUUUUAUUGAAUUCUGUUUACUAGAAUGCUUUGUAUAGAAUGCUUGUCUGUUGUAUUGUACAUGAAAUAUAGAGAUUAGAAUCCCCUCCAGCAAUAUUGUCUGACACAGAGAAGUUAGAAUGGCCAGCAAUGGAUUAUUUCCUUAAAGAGACACUCUGGACCCCUUAAGCACUUUAGCUUGCCAAAAUAUAUAUAUAUAUUUAUUUAUUUAUAUACAUAUAUUUUUUUUUAUUUUUUUUUUUUUGAAGAGUGACACUUUUAUAAAUGAACCUUGUUACAUCCAACUAGCUGUUAAUCAGACAACUGGUCCUGUUACUUCCUGGUUUGGUUAGUCCAGUGGUACUAAACUCAAGAGGCAGCAUUUGCUCAGAGCACCUGCCUUGCAAAGACUUCUCAUUGAGCUUUAUUGGGAAGUCUGUGACAGCCACAGAAAGUUUGGCGGAGUUAGAAAGGGAGGGCUUGCAAAGGCUGCAGGCAAGAGACCUGAAGGUUUUACAAGCUCUUUUUAGAUAUACCUCUAAUGGAAAAAAGACUACAUAAAUGCAUAUAUGUUUUUAUUUGGGGUAUAGUAAACAAUUUGGGGUUUUGUAUGUGUCUCUUUAAUAUAGAGAAUAUUGAUUCUGUGAAUUCUUAUCUCGAACGCCUAGCUCAAGCAUGUCAAAUUCAAAGUCUAGCACGGGCCAAAUAAACAAGGUUUAAGUUAAAAUUUAGGUUUACAUUUUUAUAGAAACAUAAGUUUAUUUUAAAAAGUACUGUAUAAAAAAAAAAAUGCACCCCCUCUCCUAAACUCCAGUCCCCGCCCCCUCUCCUAAAUUCCAGUCCCCGCCCCUUCUCCCAAAUUCCAGUCCCCCCCUCUCCCAAAUCAGAGUCCCUCCCCCUCUCCCAAAUCAGAGUCCCUCCCCCUCUCCCAAAUCAGAGUCCCUCCCCCUCUCCCUCUAGCCAACAAGCAGACUCCACUUACAUUGCCGCUGCCAGUAUGUGACUCCGGAGUCCGGCCUUUGGUAUACCCCAAAUUGCGCUGUCCGCACCCUGUGCCAAAUCUGAUUCUCCCGCUACUUCUUGAAACCCUGUGAAGGUGGAGCACGUCGACGUCAUGUCAGAAUGUGACGUGGUGGUGCAUACUCCACUGUCCAGCUGCGACCAUCGCAACACAGACCGACACACACUCACUGACAGACUCACUCACGCAGUAGACAUUGCUUACCUUGAUUUCAGUAAGGCUUUUGACACUGUUGCACAUAGAAGGCUCAUCAGUAGACUUCGAUCUUUAAGUUUGGAUUCCAAUAUUGUUGAAUGGGUAAGGCAGUGGCUGAGUGACAGGCAACAGAGGGUUGUAGUCAAUGGAGUAUAUUCGAAGCAUGGGCUUGACACCAGUGGGGUACCUCAGGGAUCUGUACUUGGACCCAUUCUCUUCAAUAUUUUUAUUAGUGAUAUUGCAGAAGGCCUUGAUGGUAAGGUAUGUAUUUUUGCUGAUGAUACUAAGAUAUGAAACAGGGUUGAUGUUCCAGGAGGGAUAAGCCAAAUGGCAGAUGAUUUAGGUAAACUAGAAAAAUGGUCAGAGUUGUGGCAACUGACAUUUAAUGUGGAUAAGUAUAAGAUAAUGCAUCUUGGACGUAAAAACCCAAGGGCAGAGUACAGAAUAUGUGAUAGAGUCCUAACCUCAACAUCUGGUAUAUGACAUGUAUAUUAAUGUGUGUAUUAGUAUGUGUAUAUAUAUAUAUAUAUAUAUAUAUAUAUAUAUAUAUAUAUAUAUUAAUGUAUUUAUAUAUGCAUAAUACACAGAGAAAUGUCAUUAAUAUGUACCAUAUGUAAUGAGCAGAUAUUGGCCCAGUCUUGUUGCUAGGUGCAUACUCCAUCACAAUAACAUUUAAAGUGAAGAGUGCACCCACAGGACUUCAAAAUAAACAUUUUUUUACAGUUGUGCCCUACAUACAUUCACCAUUUCAGUCCCAUUACCAAGCUUUCCUUAAUAUGUCAAGGUAGUUGGACUGAAACAUUGAUUACAUGCAAAGGCACGUCUGCUUAAAAUAAAUCUGCACUUUUAUUUAUUUUGAAGCCUAUGAGUGCGCUUUUUUUUACGUUGAAGUACUUUUUAAUUUUAAGUUAUCUGUUCUAACUCUGUACCUGCACACUAUGCUGGCGCGACACAUUAUGGGGCUGGUAAAUAUUUUUUUUCCAGGGCUGCUUUUAAUUCCCAGUCCGGCCCUGCUUAAAGGUAGGCAGACAAUGUAAUACAGAAGUGCAUAAAUAGUUAGGUGAGAGCACACAAAAAUAUGUAAAAUAACACACAUGCAGGUUACCAUAUGUCAGGGUACAACCUAAAAGAACAAAAAACAACAGAUCAUAGUAUAAGCUGUGGGAAUAAUUCAAACAAAUAAAAAGACCCAAAUGGUCGCACUCACGUGGUACUGAGCCGUUUGAAGUAGGCUCAGACUAUAAGCGCCUUGGGAUAUACACACAUGGCUGCUGGAAUCAAAUGUUGGAAAUUAUUAAUAAAGUGCUCCACUGGAUACUGCAAUUCUCCCUCCGGUUUUUCAAUAAACACCAGUCUUUGAAGGAUAUUAGUAAAGGUAGCCAGGGCAAACUUUAAUUAAAUUCAUAUAAAUAUAAAAACAUAAAAUAACAAACUGCACAACCGCACUAACGCAUUUCGACAAUAGUCAUUAUCAAAGUGCUUGCUAAUUACUUUGACUCACAGUUCUUGUUUAUAUAUCCCAAAAAAUGCGCGUUUCUUUCUUGACUCGUGUUCCUCAUUGUAUCCGGGUGCGUCAUUUCCAUGUAUGUCGUUUCCGGGUCAGCGGAUGGUACAUGUCUCUGUUUCAUGACGUCUUUCCAGCAUUCUCCGAUCACCUGAUCGGGUUCAGUCUAAUGACAUUCAUUUUCCUGGAUUUCUAAUUUCCCCUCCCCCUUUUUUAUUUUUAUAUUUUUUAUCUUGUUCAUUCAAUUUAGCAAUUUUAACUUCUUUUAUGGAUUGUUGAUUAUGCGUAUGAAAUAUAUUUUUACUGCAUAGAAUGUCGAUUUAUUUUUUUUUCAAAUUUUAUAUCAAUUUUUUUCUUUUUUUCAUAUCCAUUUCAUAUUGAUUUUAUGUGUAUAAAGUUAACUGUGUUUUUGUUUUUUUUUUGUAAUACUUUAUUUUCAAAUGACAAAAAUUACGGGCACAUAAAUGUUGUGUAGGAGUAGCGCAUGGGCUUAUGCAAAAGCCAAAGUUCUAACAUUCCAGCAGUACAUACUUAUACAGAAGGAUAUAGAGAAAGGAUUAUUUGGUAACCACAGGUUUAUUUUGUGCGAGCCCUCAGGGUCCCCCUCCCGCCGGGCUCUGGAAAGGGGAAAGGUUAAAAUCUUACCUUUCUCCAGCACCGUGCGGGGAGCUCUCCUCCUCCAUAGCGACAUCAUCGGCUGAAUGCGCAUGCGCGGCAGGAGCCGCACGCGCAUUCAGCCAGUUUAUAGGAAAGCAUUUACAAUGCUUUCCUAUGGAUGCUGGCGUCUUCUCACUGUGAUUUUUCACAGUGAGAAGCAAGCAAGGGCCUCUAGCGGCUGUCAAGAGACAGCCACUAGAGGCUGGAUUAACCAUAUUAUAAACAUAGCAGUUUCUCUGAAACUGCUGUGUUUAUAAAAAAAGGGGUUAAACCUAGCUGGACCUGGCACCUAGACCACUUCAUUAAGCUGAAGUGGUCUGUGUGCCUAAAGUGGUCCUUUAAAUAAGUCUUAUAAAUGCGCGUGUCCGCUAAAUAGUGAACACAGUCCCAUAUAACUUAAUUCUAUACAUUUAAUUAAACUAUUUGCCCGUUGAAGCUGAACCCGAUCAGAUGAUCCGAUAAUGCCGGAAAGACGUCCUUAAACAGAGACACGAAUCAUUAGACUGAACCCGAUCAGGUGAUCGGAGAAUGCUGGAAAGACGUCAUGAAACAGAGACAUGUACGCACCCGGAUAAAACGAGUCAAGAAAGAAACGCACAUUUUUGGGGAUAUAUAAACAAGAACUGUGAGUCAAAGUAAUUAGCAAGCACUUUGAUAAUGACUAUUGUCGAAAUGCGUUAGUGCGGUUGUGCAGUAGAGAGCAUUUGUUAUUUUAUGUAUUUUAUAUUUAUAUGAAUUUAAUUAAAGUUUGCCCUGGCUACCUUUACUAAUAUCCUUCAAAGACUGGUGUUUAUUGAAAAACCGGAGGGAGAAUUGCAGUAUCCAGUGGAGCACUUUAUUAAUAAUUUCCAACAUUUGAUUCCAGCAGCCAUGUGUGUAUAUCCCAAGGCGCUUAUAGUCUGAGCCUACUUCAAACGGCUCAGUACCACGUGAGUGCGACCAUUUGGGUCUUUUUAUUUGUUUGAAUUAUUCCCACAGCUUAUACUAUGAUCUGUUGUUUUUUGUUCUUUUAGGUUGUACCCUGACAUAUGGUAACCUGCAUGUGUGUUAUUUUACAUAUUUGUGUGUGCUCUCACCUAACUAUUUAUGCACUUCUAUGAUUGUAUUUUAUGUGGUUUGAGUGACACACACAAGAUGAUUGGAGCACCUUUCUUCAUUUUUAUCCUUUUAUUCUAUUGCUUAUAGACAAUGUAUUAGAGCAGCAGGAAAUGCUAGCAGAAUGCUUGGUUGUAUAGGGAGAGGUAUUAGCAGUAGAAAGAGGGAAGUGCUCAUGCCAUUGUACAGAACACUGGUGAGACCUCACUUGGAGUAUUGUACGCAGUACUGGAGACCGUAUCUUAGGAAGGAUAUUGAUACCUUAGAGAGGGUUCAGAGAAGGGCUACUAAACUGGUUCAUGGAUUGCGGGAUAAAACUUACCAGGAAAGGUUAAAGGAUCUUAACAUGUAUAGCUUGGAGGAAAGACGAGACAGGGGGGAUAUGAUAGAAACAUUUAAAUAUAUAAAGGGAAUCAACACAGUAAAGGAGGAGACUAUAUUUAAAAGAAGAAAAACUACCACAACAAGAGGACAUAGUCUUAAAUUAGAGGGACAAAGGUUUAAAAAUAAUAUCAGGAAGUAUUACUUUACUGAGAGGGUAGUGGAUGCAUGGAAUAGGCUUCCAGCUGAAGUGGUAGAGGUUACCACAGUAAAGGAGUUUAAGCAUGCGUGGGAUAGGCAUAAGGCUAUCCUAACUAUAAGAUAAGGCCUGGGACUAAUGAAAGUAUUUAGAAAAUUGGGCAGACUAGAUGGGCCGAAUGGUUCUUAUCUGCCGUCACAUUCUAUGUUUGCUAAUGAAUAUUCAUUUUAUGCCAAGCCCUUGCGCUAUUUAUUUUUGCAUUUUCGAGAUUUAACUAGUAAGAUCAGAGGAUUUAGUAGAAUUAAUGCAGUAGCAGACAAGUUGGACACACAGGAACAGAGGGUUUGAGGGCCCUGCUUAUAAUGUGCUCUGCUAAAUCCUCAUAGAAUGAUGGGAUUGGUCAAGGUAUAUUUGCAAUAUAGCCAAUAACCUCCUCUCUGUUCUAGGAUUACUUCAGAGAAUGUGGCUGAAAGAUUUGGUGUUACCCGACAGAAACAAGACACGUUUUCCCUGAGAUCACAACAAAAGUAAAGAAACCAUAUUUUAAAUAAAAGCAUUUAAUCAGAGGACAAAACUACAUGUUCGUUUUUCUAACGGCAAUGGUGAAUAUUGUACCCACAGAGCUGCGGCCGCCCAGCAAGCUGGUCGCUUUAGAAAUGAAAUUGUUCCUGUAAACACCAAGUUUACGGAUGACCAGGGAAACACAAAAACUAUAACUGUGUCCAAUGACGAAGGCAUCAGGGCAAAUACCACCCUGGAGGGUCUCAACAAGCUGCGGCCGGCUUUCAAGGAGAAUGGCAGUACCACAGCUGGUGGGUUUGUUGCCUUAUUAAAUAUAUUUCUACUUGUGAAACAAUAGCUUGCUCAGAUUGCCGCUAUUUCUGCAGAAUGGUUUAUUUUAAACUCUUCUCUAUGCUGCAACAGGCCACUAAAGUCAGGCAACUAUUAAUUGGAUAGCUUUUUAUUGUGCACUUAAAAUCUCUUAGAGCAGAACUGUCAUUUUAGAAGAACUGUGUUAUUCUGUAGAGCAUUAUGUUAUUCUAAUGUGUUUAAACCAAUAAAUAUGUUCCUGCAAGUUUUGCCAGUAUGCAAUAUAAUAAGAGAGCACCAAUCAGUGCAGGGGGUGCAUAUUCCAAUCAAUAAGGAGACACAUGAGUAGAUGUCCAGUGCAGUGGUAUUCACAUGGGCCACCUGCAACAAUAUUUAACUGCAGCUGCUGCGCUCAAAACCUGAUUUUGUGUUAAUUUAUUCAGCCAUCAUACAAACCUUGACAAAGAUUCCACAAAGAGUCGAAAUGUUGCUGAAUAAAGUCAGAUUGUAGAUGGUUGAAACCUGCAGUAACAGCAGUAUUGAAAAAAUACCCCUCCAAAAAAAGCACUUUUUACCCGUAUUUCGCAAUUAUGUUUUUAGUUGUGAUUGGACAGCGUGUAUAAUAAUUUUAAUAGACUAUUUCGUCACCAGGCAAUUCCAGUCAAGUCAGUGAUGGAGCCGCAGCUGUUCUCCUGGCUAAACGAUCCACGGCUGUGCAGCUAGGUCUUCCCAUCAUGGGUGUGUUAAGAUCAUAUGCUGUUGUUGGUGUCCCUCCUGAUGUUAUGGGUAUCGGACCUGCAUAUGCCAUACCUGUGGCUUUGGAGAAAGCAGGUAAGGUUUCAUUCUCUGUAAUCAGAUCUGUCCAAAAGCUCCCCUCUAUAUCUGGUGUGAGAAGCUCACAAGGAUACUUAAAUCUAUAAACCUGUCUGCAUUGUAACGUAUGUAGAACAAUGUGUCCUUCCAUUGCAGGUCUUACCAUACACGAUAUCGAUGUAUACGAAAUUAAUGAAGCAUUUGCCAGUCAGGUAAGCUUCUGUGUAAUAUUCCUUUUUUGGCUUACUCCAUUUCCUAACCGCUUGUGUAACCCUGCUGCUUAAUCCUAACCCCAGGUAUAAUGCAAUGUCACCGCACUGUACUGGACAGCAAAAUAGGCACCAUAACCACACCGUGUAAUCAAGAACAUUUCACUAUCCCGAACAGUAACCUCCUCUAUGGAGGAGUUAUGGAAUGAGAAAAGAAUAAAAGCACUCACAAACCGAGCUGAUACUGUGUGUGACAGGCUUUCUAGUGCAGUACUGCUGACGGGAUUUAUCAGACAAACUAAGGUGCAGAUUUAGUAUUCAAUUUGUGUGAAUUUAUAGAUCUAUUUAUUUUCAUUGCUAUAAAUACUGUGACUUUUGAAAGUUAUGCUUGUGUACAAAUCAUAUAUUUUAGAAUGUUUCCAAGAAAGAUACAGAGUAAUAAUUUAUAACCCAGAAAAUAUCCGAUUAAUAAAUACAAAAAUACUUUUUUUUUUUUUUAUUAAUCGAAGUCAAAAAGUGUAUAAGUAAAAAUAGGAUUAUGAUAGUAAUGAUUAUACUUUACAUGUUAUGGAUUCUGCUACAACAAUGGUCUCCUAUAAUAUUCCAUAGGCUCAUAGCAUCACACAACAGUGGCUCAUUUAUAUAAAGAAAUAGUGUAUAUACAGGGAGUGCAGAAUUAUUAGGCAAAUUAGUAUUUUGACCACAUCAUCCUCUUUAUGCAUGUUGUCUUACUCCAAGCUGUAUAGGCUCGAAAGCCUACUACCAAUUAAGCAUAUUAGGUGAUGUGCAUCUCUGUAAUGAGAAGGGGUGUGGUCUAAUGACAUCAACACCCUAUAUCAGGUGUGCAUAAUUAUUAGGCAACUUCCUUUCCUUUGGCAAAAUGGGUCAAAAGAAGGACUUGACAGGCUCAGAAAAGUCAAAAAUAGUGAGAUAUCUUGCAGAGGGAUGCAGCACUCUUAAAAUUGCAAAGCUUCUGAAGCGUGAUCAUCGAACAAUCAAGCGUUUCAUUCAAAAUAGUCAACAGGGUCGCAAGAAGCGUGUGGAAAAACCAAGGCGCAAAAUAACUGCCCAUGAACUGAGAAAAGUCAAGCGUGCAGCUGCCACGAUGCCACUUGCCACCAGUUUGGCCAUAUUUCAGAGCUGCAACAUCACUGGAGUGCCCAAAAGCACAAGGUGUGCAAUACUCAGAGACAUGGCCAAGGUAAGAAAGGCUGAAAGACGACCACCACUGAACAAGACACACAAGCUGAAACGUCAAGACUGGGCCAAGAAAUAUCUCAAGACUGAUUUUUCUAAGGUUUUAUGGACUGAUGAAAUGAGAGUGAGUCUUGAUGGGCCAGAUGGAUGGGCCCGUGGCUGGAUUGGUAAAGGGCAGAGAGCUCCAGUCCGACUCAGACGCCAGCAAGGUGGAGGUGGAGUACUGGUUUGGGCUGGUAUCAUCAAAGAUGAGCUUGUGGGGCCUUUUCGGGUUGAGGAUGGAGUCAAGCUCAACUCCCAGUCCUACUGCCAGUUCCUGGAAGACACCUUCUUCAAGCAGUGGUACAGGAAGAAGUCUGCAUCCUUCAAGAAAAACAUGAUUUUCAUGCAGGACAAUGCUCCAUCACACGCGUCCAAGUACUCCACAGCGUGGCUGGCAAGAAAGGGUAUAAAAGAAGAAAAUCUAAUGACAUGGCCUCCUUGUUCACCUGAUCUGAACCCCAUUGAGAACCUGUGGUCCAUCAUCAAAUGUAAGAUUUACAAGGAGGGAAAACAGUACACCUCUCUGAACAGUGUCUGGGAGGCUGUGGUUGCUGCUGCACGCAAUGUUGAUGGUGAACAGAUCAAAACACUGACAGAAUCCAUGGAUGGCAGGCUUUUGAGUGUCCUUGCAAAGAAAGGUGGCUAUAUUGGUCACUGAUUUGUUUUUGUUUUGUUUUUGAAUGUCAGAAAUGUAUAUUUGUGAAUGUUGAGAUGUUAUAUUGGUUUCACUGGUAAUAAUAAAUAAUUGAAAUGGGUAUAUAUUUGUUUUUUGUUAAGUUGCCUAAUAAUUAUGCACAGUAAUAGUCACCUGCACACACAGAUAUCCCCUAACAUAGCUAUAACUAAAAACAAACUAAAAACUACUUCCAAAAAUAUUCAGCUUUGAUAUUAAUGAGUUUUUUGGGUUCAUUGAGAACAUGGUUGUUGUUCAAUAAUAAAAUUAAUCCUCAAAAAUACAACUUGCCUAAUAAUUCUGCACUCCCUGUAGGGAAGUUGUAGACACAGCUAACAAUCAGGCACACUGGUAGUUACUGAGUCACAGGAGAUAUAGUUUGAUUGAUAUCAAAGAAAAUGAAAUUUGAAUCUACAAUAAUAAGUAGGAACACACAAACUGGAUAAAAUAACUGCAGUCUUGGAAUCCUCCAAUGUCGUUCUCCACACCUCCAGGACAGCAAAACAGAGGAACUGGCACCAAAACCACUGUUUGUGCUGCACAGCUGAUCCUGUUUUUUGCUAUUAAGCAGCACUUAGCAUAAGCAUUUGGUUUGCACGAAUGCACAUUUUAAAGCUUCAUCCUACUAGUGAGAAACUGCAAAUAUGGCCCUCCAGGAUGGACACACAUACAGCCACCCACAUUUUGGAGAAGUUAAGUAAUCUUGUAAUUUAUACACUUGCCGGUGAGUUUGCCAGCUUAAUGUAUAUAUUCCGUGUGUACCUUCAAAAAUUGGCAAUGAUAUCCACAUUUCCAUAAUCCCUGCCCUGCGUCCAUUAUACUGAGAUAUAUGGAUGGCAUACUGAAAUUGAGAAUCCGUAUUGCUUCCCUCACUUGCAUCUUCGUGUCUGUAGUUUCUGCCUUCUCCUAACGUGUGUUGUCUCAUUCAGGCUGUUUAUUGUGUGGAGAAGUUGGGAAUCCCCGUGGAGAAGGUGAAUCCUAACGGUGGGGCCAUCGCACUUGGACAUCCUCUUGGUUGUACUGGAGCUCGCCAAACAAUAACUCUGCUAAAUGAGCUUAAACGCAGGGGGAAAAGGUGAGCGCAAUAAUAAAGAUCUGUAAUAACAGGCUUGUUUACCAAGGGGAAAAAGCAAUCCAGGUUUAAUGAGGACCCCUCUGUGCAUAUACACUUAAAGGGUUAUUCACGAACGUGAGAAUUCAAAGUGAAUUUCACAUUUAAGGUAAAACGAACCAAAUGCAUAACUGACUUUUUCUAUUUCCAGUUCAGCUUUUUCGAUUUUGAAUUCUCAAGUUUGUGAAUAACCCUGUAAGUGUAUGUACAGUGAAGACCUCAGUAAAUCAGGAGUGCUUUUUCACCUAUUGCUAUGUGCUGGCCAUUUUUUGUUUUUGGAUUCUAUAUGUAGUGAAUAGUAAGACAACCAAACGUAAUGCUGAGCAAGCUCUUAAGUUGGCAAUGCAUUAUGGGAAAUCUAUUCCACAGCAGGUCUAUAGACUGGCUGCCUGUUUGUGGUGUAAAUCAUUGUCUCUCCACAGCAUCUUGCCAUUCCAAAUUAUGUAUCUAUUACUGCACCAAUGCAUUCCGCACUACAGCAGGCAUUGACAUAAAAGGGAUUAAACACUAUAGAGGCCAAGUGGUAGUAUAUUUAUUGAAGGCCGUAGCCAAGUAUCUACAAGCAGAUUAUUAAGUUCCUAAGAGACCCAAAAUGAGCACUGACCUUUGUUUUGCACCCUCAGGUUUAUCUCUUUUUGCAAACGUGUUCUAUUUCCUUUACUGAUCUGUAGAGAUAUUCUAUACACCUGUAUGUAAACAUUUUAUUAUGCCUGACUUACUUCUGAACUCAUAAGGUUCAGUAAUUUGAUUUUGAAGUUCCUUUAAGGAGAGAUUAACCAUGUUAUGUAUAUAACAAGCUGCGCGAUAAAGGGGUUUAAUUACGGUUUUUCUAUCUCUGAACCUUUUCCAAUGUGUAAAUCUUUACAUAUUUUGUUUCAGAGCAUUUGGCGUUGUAUCAAUGUGUAUUGGAACAGGAAUGGGAGCCGCUGCUGUGUUUGAAUACCCAGGAAAUUAAACCCCAAAACUAAUCUAGAAAUCAGUGGACCGAAAGAAGAUUGGAGCACCUACCAGACUAUGAAAAUAGAAUGAGGAAAUUGUCUGUCUUACCGAACGAGUCAAGGUUAACAAAUUUCAUUAGAAACGAGGAGCCAGGGCCAAACAUAACAAGUCAUAACUUCACACACCUACUUAGCCGCUCAUAUACGCACAUAACUAGCCACACAUUCACACCUAAUUAGCUACUCAUACACAUGCAUACACUGACACAGCUGAUUUACCUUAUCUCCUCCAAACUGCGAGCAGCCAGGGAAAGAGAAUAGAGACUAACACACUGCCCCUAGUGUCCGGCACUUAGAAAGAUACUGGGAGCUGUUAAAGUGUCCAUUGGGUUCUAAAUCCUGAUUUGAUUAUAGUAAGUUAAUAUUAAUUUACCAUUAGAACGGUUUAACAUUUGCUAAUCAUGGACUCUUACAGUGUAAAGUUUAAUGAAAAUGAACAGGCUUCCUAGGCUUUAAAUGUUUUAUAUGCAUCCGUCCAGGGUGGUCUUUGGAGUGCCUUUCAUAAUAAACAUAAUUUAAUAGAUGGCUGGAGUCUUUUUUUUCUUUUCUUCAAUUCUCCCUUAUCCCCCUGCUUACAAUUUGCUACCAAACAAUA